AGGAAGUGCAUUACGUAGACAAUUCAGAGCAACAAACUAGUGAAUGUAAUGCAUUUAAACACUGUAUUGCUAGUUUAUUUUACAUAAAACAAUUUGGCAGCAUACAGUGCAGUCCAGUAGAAACUGAUACAAUGAAAUUGGGUAUUAAGGGUUAAGGACAUUGCGCGAGAACUCCAACUUCUGUCAAUGCAGGCAUGCUAACUUGCUAGCUUAGCUGAACAGAGAUGGCAGCAAAUAUAGAAAAGACAUUCAAGUUUGUGGUCGUCGGAGGCGGCAUUGCAGGUGUAACGUGUGCUGAGCAGCUGGCCUCCCAGUUCCCAUCAGCUGAUGUUGCUCUCCUGACAGCAGCCCCCCUGAUUAAGGCAGUCUGCAACUUCAAACAGGUAUCUAAGACGCUGGAGGAGUUUGAUGUGGAGGAGAGGCCCUCCAGUGUUCUAGAGGAAAAGUACUCCAACCUGAGAGUCAUCCAGUCUGCAGUGAAGGCCCUUCAUGCACAACAUCACACUUUGCUGACUGUGGAUGGUCUGGAGAUCCACUAUGAGAAGCUGUGUAUCUGUAGCGGGGGCAGACCCAAACUCCUUACCCAGGAUAACCCCUUUGUGCUGGGGAUACGAGACACAGACAGUGCCCAGGAGUUUCAGAAGCGGUUAUCCAAAGCCAAGCGAAUUGUAGUCGUUGGAAACGGAGGGAUUGCCUUGGAACUAGUGUAUGAGGUGGAAGGUUGUGAGGUGAUCUGGGCGGUGAAAGACAAGGCCAUAGGAAACACCUUCUUUGACGCGGGAGCCGCCCAGUUCCUCAUCCCCUCCCUGGACACAGACAAACCAGAGAGAGCUGCUACCUCUAAGAGGGCUCGCUACACCAUAGAGGGGCCUGCAGCUACGCAAGGCCUUGCUGUAGGUGGAGGUAGUGACAGACAAGGCCAGAGUAGAGGUUUAGAAGAGCCAGGCAGUGCCCUGGGACCAGACUGGCAUGAAGGCAUCAGUCUGAGAGGAGCAGAGGAGGUGUCUCACAGGGUGUCAGUUGAGUACCAGUCUGAGGUGAAACAGAUCUACACUCACCAGGACUUCCUGCUGUCACCACUUGCCUUACAGACAGCAGACACUGGCUCUUGGCCAGUGUAUGCUCAGCUGUCCAAUGGGAAGACGUUUGGCUGUGACUUCAUUGUCAGUGCCACAGGAGUCGUGCCAAACACUGAACCUUUUCUCCAUGAAAACAACUUUGCGUUGGCUGAGGACUCUGGGCUGAGAGUGGACGACCACAUGAUGACAUCAGAACCAGACAUUUACGCUGCUGGAGACGUAUGUACAGCAGGCUGGGAGCCAAGCCACCUCUGGCAGCAGAUGCGUCUGUGGACGCAGGCUCGUCAGAUGGGCUGGUACGCAGGGCGAUGUAUGGCUGCUGAUGUCCUGUCUGAAACCAUAGAGCUGGACUUCUGCUUUGAACUCUUUUCUCACAUUACAAAGUUCUUCAACUACAAGGUGGUUCUGCUGGGGAAGUUUAACGGCCAGGGUCUGGGUCUGAACCAGGAGUUGUUGGUGCGCUGUACUAAGGGCCAUGAGUACGUCAAGGUGGUGCUGAGCGGAGGGAGGAUGUUGGGAGCAGUCCUUAUUGGAGAGACUGAUCUGGAGGAGACCUUUGAGAACCUCAUCCUCAACCAGAUGGACCUAACACCCUACGGAGAAGAGCUACUCAACCCCAACAUAGACAUAGAGGACUACUUUGACUGAGCGUGUGUGUAGCUAACACCGUACGGGGGUUACUACUCAACCCCAACAUAGAGGACUACUUUGACUGAGGGGCCAAGAACUCUGUUUUAGCCCCGUUUAUAUCUGGUGCUAACGUGUCCUGAUCUUGCCCACAUUUUUAGACCGGUGUAGACGAUUAAAAUAACUGAUUGUGAUCAGAUCUUCCUGACCACCUCCGGAGGUAGUCAGUGACACAUUGUAUCUGGAUAGUGUAAACAGAUCUGGAUUAUCAAAACAUUUAAAUUGUCCCUCUAAAAUCAUUGACAGGUGGCACCAUUGACUCUGUGUCAAUAUUCGUUUUAACAAUAAACAUGAUUAUUUUGAAACAAUAACUCUCAAAUAAUUUGCAUACAGGGAGGGACCAGGUCAUCUGGUAACAAUGCAGACACAGCGGAUAGAUAGACUUGUUCACACUGCAGCCCAUAAUGCUCAAAUUUAUUUUUCAAAUCCGUUUUGGAAUACUGACUGUCCAAACAGCAAGUUACAAGUGACCAAAUCGGAUGUGUGUGUUCAGACAGCAGUCAUUUGCUAACAUGGCUACGCUAGUUGUCAUAGUAACAACGGGUGUAUGCGCAGUGGUGUAGGCAGAUUGGUGGUCUUGCUUGUGCUUCCUAUCACUCAGAAGUUAUGUACUGUAGCAAGCUAAAGUGACAACAAUGCCUGCCAUGGACGUUUCCCAGUUGCUUUGAAUGUUCAAAAUCAUAGUAUAAGAACAGAAGCUAGCUAGGUAGCCAUUUAGCUUGAUAACACAUUCACUAAUUUGUUUGUAAACAAUUAACAAGCUAGUUAGCUACCACAUGUUCAGAGUGGCACGAUAUGCCAAAUAAGUCAAAAAACCACUUGUAGGCAAAUUAAUCAGAUUUGACCGUUCCGACAAGUCGCAUAUGGCAAGGAAUCAGAUUUUUAUUUUAUUUCAAAUCACCUACAAAGGUGGUUUGAAAUAUCAGAUUCCAUGUGCUUUUUGGCAGUUCAGACUGCAAGAAAAAUAAUAGAUUAAAAUCAGAUAUGCAUUAUUAUUUUUUUGAGUCACUUCAAACUGCCAAUGUGAACAAUGUUCAAGAGACACAUUUUAAUACCAUGUGUAGAUGCUGCAAAUGUGUAGACUAGUGAUGCGUGGGUCAGCUGUUUGUUCACCAGCACCCACCAGCAAUUGCUAAUAACCCAUCCGCAACUGCCCGACUAUAUGUGAUAUUGAAAAUCUGAGGCCCACAGCCGACUCUAACCUGCAAAUAUAGAAAAUGUGUUCCCUUUUUUGUCCUUUUUGCUUCAGUGGAUCGAAGUUAACUUUUUCAGGUCAAGUUCCCAAAAGCAUUUGGCGCGUGUACAGUUAGGCCCUAAAGCUUAGGCCUAUGCACUAAUGCCAGAUAAA